GGAUUAAAUGAGGGAAUGUUGGCCAGGUCGGGGUUGAGUGCCAGCCACGUUGUCCCGGUGCGCCCCGGCUCCCGGCCGCGCCCGGGAACACCGUUUCGGGACGCCGUAACUGAGCCCUGUGCCCUCUUCUUGCUGUUGCCGGCAGAUGACGUCCGGUUGUUUGCCUUCGUGCGCUUCACCACCGGGGACGCCAUGAGCAAGCGGUCCAAGUUCGCCCUCAUCACGUGGAUCGGCGAGAAUGUCAGCGGCCUGCAGCGAGCCAAAACCGGCACGGACAAGACGCUGGUGAAGGAGGUGGUGCAGAAUUUUGCUAAAGAGUUUGUGAUCAGCGAUCGGAAGGAGCUGGAGGAAGAUUUCAUCAAGAGCGAGCUCAAGAAGGCGGGAGGAGCCAAUUACGACGCCCAGACGGAGUAGCGCCAGCCCUGCCCCUGCCCCUCGAGAAGUCGUCCGCCCGCCCCGGGGGAGGGGACCGCGGCCUCAGCCACCAGCCCACCAGCCCACCGGGGACAGGGGCCGCAGUGAGGCACGCGCGUCCUGUGCCUGCCGCCCCUCCCCCGCGCCCCUCCCCGACCCGCUGCACCCUCUCUCCCGAUGCUCAUGGAACAUCUUUCUUUUGUCUCCUUUUCCUUUUCCCUCCUUUCUUGUUCUAAGGAAAAAUCAUUUUGAUGCCACGGCCACACACAUCAUCAGAUCUGAGGCGGCCCCGUGCGGUGACCACCUUUCCUAGCCUCUCUUAGUCUGUGGCCCUCCUGGCCUCUCCACCAUCACCGCGCGCUGCUUGGGGGGCUGGCCCCCCAUCCUGGUGUCCCGUGCGCCCGUCAGGGGGCCGCCUUGCGAGCACCCACGCUGAUCCCAUGUGUCAGGCUCGGACCCCCACCCCCGAGUGUGCUCCGGGGUCCCUCGCCUCUCCGUUCGGAGUCGCCUAAGCCGCCCAUGCUCAGCAGGGAGACCUCUAAGCCUGACUCGGCCCGAAGAGAAGAGAGAAAAUUUGCCUUAACAGUUGCCCGGCAGCGGCUCGCUCCGACCCUUCGGCUUGGAACCCCCUCUGCGCGGCGCGGGGUGGGGGCCGAGGUCCAAGCGCAGCUGUGAUGGGCCGUCUUUCAGGGUUCGCUUCGGGGGCUCCCAAAGUGCUGAGGACCCCGGGGAGGAGGCCGGGCUGCGGAGCGGGAAUUCAGGCAGAACCGGGGGCCAAUGCCUCGCUUCCGGGGGUCCCGCCGAGCCGCCGCCAGUGGGACAGACCCCCGCCCGCGUGCCACCAGGGAGCCAGCGGCGUGCCUCCCACGUCCACGCCACAGGUCCGCCGGGUUUCUGUUUCCAAAGGAAGAGGAGAUCGGCUUGGUUCUCAUGAGCAGUGUUCUGUUUCUUUUCUCCUUGCUCAUCUCACCUGGGGGUAGGAAGUCUGUGCUGAACGGGGGCUGCGAACCUCUGCCCUCAAACAGUUUGCAGAAAUAAAUGUGGUUCUUUUGUUUUUCAAAAAACAAAA